UGGUACCUCUGAGAGCUGUAGGACCAUCUCUCAGGGCAAUGGAUCCUUGGGGCCUCAGCACGACUGCCCUCCUGGCUUUUGUCGUUUUCCUGAUUUUGUCUCUAUGGAUGCAAGGACUCAAAAGGGGGAAACUCCCACCAGGUCCUACUCCUCUUCCCCUUAUUGGCAACCUCUUGCAAUUGAAUUUGAAGAACGUGGCUGCGUCGUUCUCACAGCUGGCUGAAAAAUAUGGCCCCAUCUACACUUUUUAUUUUGGAACCCACCCUGUCGUGGUGCUACAUGGAUAUGACAUUUUGAAGGAAGCUCUAAUUGAUCAAGGAGAUGCAUUUGUAGACAGACCAAUUCUUCCACUGACUGAUGAUGCAUUCAAAGGAAAAGGAGUUAUUUCAAGUCGUGGAGAGAGGUGGAAACAGCUCCGCAGAUUUUCCCUGAUGACCCUAAGGAACUUUGGAAUGGGGAAGAGAAGCAUUGAAGAGAGAGUUCAAGAAGAAGCCCAAUGCCUGGUGGAGGAGCUCCGGAAAACAAAUGGCCAGCCCACUGAUCCCACCUUCAUCCUUGGCUGUGCCCCCUGCAAUGUGAUCUGCUCUAUCCUCUUCCGCGAUCGAUUCAAGUACAAUGAUGAGAAAUUUCUAUAUCUGCUAAAGUUGUUAAAUGAAAACUUCCAGCUGGCUAACUCACGAUGGACACAGCUCUACAACUUUUUACCAGCAGCGCUCAGAGUGUACUUUCCUGUUAAGCCUAAAGGACUUUCUAAAAAUAUAGAAGAAAUGAAACAUUUCAUUUUGGAAAGAGUAAAGGAGCAUCAAAAGCUACUGGACCCUAACAACCCUCAAGACUACAUUGACUGCUACCUAUCCAAAAUGGAGCAGGAAAAAGAUAAUCCCCAGUCAGAAUUUGACUUGGAGAAUCUAAUAAUGACUGGAGUAAACCUAUUUGGUGCAGGAACAGAGACAACCAGCACUACUCUAAGAUUUGGCCUGCUGCUCAUUCUCAAACAUCCUGAGGUCCAAGCAAAAAUUCAUGAGGAAAUUGAUCGUGUGAUUGGACCUAAUCGAGUUCCUUCCAUAAUGGACAGACAAGAAAUGCCCUAUAUGGAUGCUGUGGUGCAUGAAAUGCAAAGAUCCAUUGACCUCAUACCUCUCAACCUGCCCCGUGAAGUGGUCCGGGACACCCAGUUCCAACAAUAUGUCCUCCCAAAGGGCACAACAAUCUUCCCCCUGCUCUCCCCAGUCUUGCAUGACAGCAAAGUGUUUCCCAACCCUGAUCAGUUUGACCCCCAGCACUUCCUGGAUCAGAAUGGGAAAUUCAAGAAAAGCGACCACUUCGUGCCUUUUUCCAUUGGAAAACGGUCUUGUCUUGGAGAGGGCCUGGCAAGGAUGGAGUUGUUUCUUUUCUAUACCACCAUUCUACAGAAUUUCACCCUCAAAGCUGUUGGAGAUCCAAAGGAAAUUAAUUUCAAGAAUGACCGUGGUGGGUUCUCCAAUGCUCCAAGAAAUCACCAAAUGUGCUUUCUUACUCGCUAGAGAAUAAGACAAAAUUGAUUUGGUAAAUUAGCCAGCUGCUUUUAUCUUCUGGACUCAAUACUCUCAUGUUUUGGACUGUAAUUCUCUUGAGGGAAAACAAUUCCCACCUACUGAUUAAAAUGGGUGUUAAUUUCCAGGUGCAUGAUA